CAAUAACAUAAAAAUUUUGUGACUGGCUUUUUGAAUGCAUUCAGCAACAAAAUUUUGAUUUAACAGUGAUCUACCUAUUAAUCUAUUCAAUUGUGUUAACUUGGUCAAAACAUUUCUCUAGUUUCAAAGCUUUGUUAAGAGAAAUAGUUUGUGAAGUCCUUUGUAUAGAACAGCUGGCUGAUUGAGCACAGAUUAGAAGCAGACAAAACUAGCUAAGGACUAGUGACGGCCAUUUUGUCAGUCACCGGCUGCACAACAGAAUAAAAAUCAAAAAUUCAGAAUCGAGAGAACAAUACCAAAGUGUCUCGACCACUUCAAUACACGGGUGCUUUCAGAUAAAAGAUUUGUGGACAGUAAAUAUUCAGACAAUCUCGGAUAUAUCGACAUGAUUGUUCAUUAAAAAUUGGAAUAAAUCAGUUGAAGGUUCACAUACUACAAUGACAUACGACACCGGUGGCCGUCCGGUGGAACCUCCCGAGGAGCAGAAUGAUUGCGCUCAGAUCUUGGAACAAAACGAACCAAACCCUGAGGAGUUAUUGGCCAACUUUCCGGAGGAAAAACUAUCGUCACUGAAUAUCAAGAUAUCUAGUUCUCGAUGGGUUGUGCCUGUGUUACCGAAUCAGGAGUUGGAAUGCCUGUUGAAUGCAGCGAUCCGUCUUACUCAUGCAGGAAUUGAUAACAAGUGUGAGCCUUGCAUGAAGUUCUAUCGCGAUGGCCUUACAACCUCAUUUAUCAAGAUUCUCACCGACGAAGCAGUUUCCUCGUGGAAGUACAACAUUCACCAUUGCAUUCUGAUGUCAUGUAGCAAAUUAAUUCACUUGAUCGCUCUACACAUGAGACAUGAUAAUCUCCACCUACUGAACCUGUUAGCAGUGGUAUUCGAUCCGGAGAAUAAGUUUCAAACUCAAAAUGCAUCCCGUCAGCUGGAAUUAUAUUUAUCGUUAGGAGAAUCGGAUGAGCCUCUUCAAGAGGGGAAAAUAUUCGCUAAACCCCCUCCAGAGCCAAAGAAUCCUCGCGGUUGGUUAGUGGAUCUGAUCAACCGUUUUGGAGAAUGUAAUGGGUUUGACAAUUUUUUAGAGCGAAUACAUACCGGUAUUGCACUGUUUCGAAAACACCGAGAGACAACUUCCAGCAAAAGUUUGGAAUCCAUUAAUGACACGAUUCGGAUAAAAAAGGCUAUUGCAUCUGCUAGUGCUGCCAGUUCCAAUAACAUUGUAUCCGAAGAAGAAGAAGAAGCAACAUUGACACUUCCGCUGCUGCACACUUUACUGCGCCCCUUUGGACAAUGUGCCGAACUGUUGACGGUAUCUACUAUAGAGAAAUAUUUCAUGCCUAUUUGGGACGUACUUCUAGAGAUACUGGAAACGCUUUCCGACGAUGAGCUAAAACGAGAAGCUAAAUUUGAAGGGAAAAAUGAUGUUAUUACAGGCAUCGUAAAAUAUGCUCGUGCCUUGAUUAAUCGUGUUCCGAAUCAGGAAAAUCUUCUGCGCGCCUUGGAAAUGUGCCGACUUAAAAUCAUUCUACGUGUGUUGCAGAUUUCAAGUUUCAACGGUAAAAUGAAUGCACUCAAUGAAAUCAACAAAGUUCUCGGAUACGUAUCGUACUAUCCUCAUCGUCAAAUGACGGAAGAUGAAAUUGAUGUGCUGAAUGCUGAAAAAAUGGCUAAAUGGAUCCGAGAAAACGAUGUUAUUGGAAUAGUACUCCGCGAUUCUCUUCACCAACCGCAGUACGUUGAGAAGCUCGAAAAGAUUCUUCGCUUUCUCAUCAAGGAAAAAUCUCUCACCUUUAGUGAUCUGGACGCAGUGUGGCGAGCACAGGCUGGAAAGCAUGAAGCCAUUGUAAAAAAUGUACACGAUCUUCUAGCAAAGCUAGCAUGGGAUUUUAAUGCGGAGCAGUUGGACCAUUUGUUUAAAUGCUUCCAGGCCAGCAUGAAAACUGCGAAUAAGAAGCAAAGGGAACGACUACUGGAACUCAAUCGUCGUCUGGCCGAGGACGAUAAAAAUGGUGUUAUGGCACAGAAAGUGCUCAAAUUAUUCUGGACACUAGCUCAUAGUGCAGACAUUCCUCCUGAGGUAUUGGAUCAAGCAUUGGCUUCCCAUGUGAAAAUUCUAGAUUACAGUUGCUCCCAGGAACGAGAUGCACAGAAAACCAUGUGGGUGGACAAAUGUGUCGAAGAACUGAAAGCCGGCGAUGAGUGGGCAUUGCCUGCGUUGCGACUGAUUAGAGAGAUUUGUACACUCUAUGAAACGACUUCCAGUCAUGCACCGAGAGUUCAUCAAGUGCUAACGAGACAACAGGUCAUCGACAGACUUCAGAAUGAUCACACGCUCGUAAUCCUAGUAACGACUAGUUUGACUAUGUACAUGGACAAAGUUAGGGCACAAGUCAAACUGAACCCAUCGCUAAAUCCAAUUAAUUUACUCCUUGAUAAACGAUAUCCCCAUCCGCAGCAAAUCCAGGAAAGGCUAGAGUUUUUAAAAUUCCUUCUAAAAGAUGGUCAACUGUGGCUGUGUGCCGAACAGGCAAAGCAAAUUUGGCAAUGUUUGGCAGUAAAUGCAGUAUUCCCAAGUGAUCGCGAGGAAUGCUUCCGUUGGUUCGGAAAGCUGAUGGGCGAUGAACCAGAUCUGGAUCCAGGAAUCAACAAGGACUUUUUUGAAAAUAAUCUGCUAAAACUAGACCCAGCACUACUAACCGAAAGUGGAAUCAAGUGCUUCGAACGCUUUUUCAAAGCAGUUAAUUCCAAAGAGGAACGGCUUAAAGGCAAACAGCGUGGCUACGUGCUGGACAAUGAGGAUUUAAUUGGAAAAGACUAUCUCUGGCGUGUGAUAACUGAUGCUGACGAAGAAAUUGCCUUUAAGGCAAUCGAAUUGUUGAAAGAAGUUUCUACAGCUCUUGGACCGAGACUGCAAGCCAAAGUUUGUGAAUUCCACGAAAACUUUAUCAGCGAAUGCUGUGAUAGACUCCAAAAUUAUUACGAAACUGUAAAAAUGUUAACUAAUCUAAUAGAGGAAAACUCCAAAAUAGUGGAAGACGAUAUUAUUUCUAGAAGACUGCAGACGGCGGAGCAGAUGUGCCGAGUUGUCAGAGCCCUUCAGGAGUACAUCAAAGAAUGUGAUAGAAAUUAUACAGGGGAACGAUUGUUGCUACCUCUGCACAGAGCAUCACGCGGAAAGCACAUACAUUUGUUCAUUCGUUUUCAAAACCCUGGCCGCCAGCUAGAGGAUUUGGAAGUUAUUACCCACAAUAAUGAAACAAUAUAUUCUUUCAAGCGUAACUUACUGAAACGGAUCAAAGCUACUACAAAUAAUCUGAAAAUAGAUUUAUUCAACUGCAAUGGAGAGCUGAUUGAGAUAAACGACGAUCGUAAUCCAUUGUCGCACUACAGCAUUCGUGAUAAAACACUUAUCACCGCAAAGCUCAUGCCUAGUGGUUCCGGGCUUGCAAGCUCUCCUGAUAGUUCAAGCGAUAGCAGUUCUGGUUCGCCACCCCGACCGUGUCCAGACAUGUUAAGAUCAGAAUCGGAGGAAAUGCUACCCGGAGUGAUCAUUUCGAAAAAAACAUUUUACGUGGACUUUUUUCUCAAGAUAUACCAAUUGGGUAGUGAUCUACAGCAUGGACUAUUACGUGACAGCUGCGGUUUCCUAUUACAUCUGCUUCCACUUGAUGGACUGACAGUUGCGAACAUUCAGGCCCUGUGCAGUUUCAAUUCUGACCUAACCAACAACUUACUUCUAGCAAAAAACACAGGCAUACCGACUCCCGAAUCACUCUUCAUCGAUCCUAGUCCGGCACGGGUCCUAUACAAUCUAGAAGUGCUACAUGCAAUGCUACUGCCCGCACUAGACUCCGGGAGCGAUGUUAUUCUUCAUCUACAGUCUUCUUGGUUGCACUGUGGUGCUGCACACUUUAUUCUCGAUAUGCUAACAAAGAACAACUUUCUGCCAACUGCCGACAUGCACACAAAACGUGCCGCCUUUCACUGUGUGUUGAAGCUAGUCAAAUUCUUCCUGUACAUAGUUGGAUGCGUUCUCAGCAAAGUUGGAAAUAACCCCCUAAAUUUCACCGCUGACACUGAUCGAUCCCAGGUUGAAAUUCUAGAGCAAGCUAUUCAAGCAAUUCCCGGUAAUUCUGAACUAACUAUUCGAUCCAUGGCUAUCAAAUUGGCUCAUAGUAUCGGAGAACAAAUGCUAUCGGCGGGCCUGGAAGGCGAUAGAUGUCGUAAUCUGUUCAAAUCAGCACUUAAGUGGAGUUUACCGGAUAUGCCGACCAUUAAAGCAAUUGUAAAUCUUGCAUGGGCUGCAUCAGGAAAUAAUCUACAAUCAAUUGGAUCUAUCAUAGAUUUCAGCCAGAAUAUUACCACACCUGAGAAAACAGACUACGCCGUAUGUAAAGAAGCACUCGAAGUACUUUGUAUUGCACUAGUUCUGCAUUACGGUGCCUAUGAAACACUAUGUCGUGACAAUACUUGGUCAAGUUUCAUUAUAUCUUUAGUCCUCACAAAUCCCUCACGCCACAUACGUCAAACUGCGUACGAGCAAUUGUUCCUCAUCAGUACGUAUUGUGCAUCUGAUAGACAGCCGUUCCUGUUUAUGGUGAAGUUGCUGGUAAAAAUGUUGUGCAAUAUAAUUCCACAACAUCAGGAGACUUGUGCCGACUACUUUCAGCUGUUUUGUCGUAUUCUGAGCUACGGAUGUUCAUAUAGUUGGCCGUUGCCGAUAUGUGAAGAAUUGCUUGUGCAGGAAAUAGACUGGCUGCACUCGGUCAGGGAUAGUGUGAAGACCACCGGUGGCACUCAAGUCCAUGACGAUCUGUUGGAAGGUCAUUUAUGUCUAACGAAGGAGUUGAUGUGCUAUCUCAACCCAGAGAUCAAAUCCCACAGAAGUGACUUGAUAACGGUAUGUACAGCUAAAUAUAUAUAUAUUAGUGGGUCACCGUUAUAUGAAAAAAACGCAAAAUUUAUCUCACCUAGCGAGAACAACCCUUUUUUGGUUCCAUUGUGGAGGGGGGAGGGGGGUUAAUUGGUUGCCCGGCUU